CUACGAGCCGGGGCUGCUGCGGCCGGGUGCGGGUGGUGUUUUCCCGGGGCUGGAGCUGAGGCGAGGGGGGCACGGCUGUGGUAACCGCCUUUCGGCCUUUGCCUCCUGUGGGAGCCUGAGGGCUCAGAGAGGGGGCGAUGGUGCUGCUGCCCUUGCCUUUUCCUGGGUGACAGCGCUUCAACGUUGUCCCUGCGGCCGGGAGACGGAGAGUCGAUCCGGUCACGGAGGAUGCUGCUGGUUAAGGGGUAAAAAUUGCGGUGUGAGGCCUGUCACAACUCCUCUUGCGUGUUUUGGGUUUUUUCUUAAGGAGAGUUUAAGGUAAUGAUCCCGCUAGAGGGCAGCAAAAACCGAUGGAAACCCGUGUGAGGCUGCAGGGAUGGUGAAAGGCCGCGUUCUGUGGAGGCUGGCGGUGGGGAGCACCCGGAGUGCACCCUGGCUGGGUGAUGCUGUGAGCACAUGAAUAGUGUGAGAGGACUCUUGGCUGCCUCGGUAAUUUCUGUCCAGAACUCCUGCUUCAUCUAUCCUGCCUGUCAAAAAUGCUUUUCUAGGCUGAUACUGGAUUCUGGAAGGUUUAGCUGUCUAAAAUGUGGCUGCACAGGUGAAGCUAAAGAUGCGACCUACAGAUAUAGAUUGUCCCUAAAGAUUGCUGACACUAAUGAUUUGUUUGACAUUACCGUGUUUGGAAGUUGCUUAGAUCCGUUCUUUGGGGUCACUGCAGAAAAUCUGCAGAGGUGUAUUCAAGACUUCAAUCAGCUGUCAGGAGAAACAAACAUAGAUGCAUCUCCAGGAGCGUUAGUUCAAGCAGUGGAAACCUGUUUCAUUGGGAAAAGAUUUAUAUUUGGAGUGAAGGGUUGUGCAAGGGAGCAUGGAGGGUGUUCUGCUGCCAGCAGCAUCUUGCAAAACUGUUCCAGAAUUAAUACAAGUACAAAAACCCUUACAGCUUGCCAGAUCUUCCUGCCAAACGCUGCUGUUACUGGCUUUACUGUUAUCAGCUACUUCCAUCGGCUUCUGCAGUCAGCAAAACCCAAGAGCUGUAAUAACAGCUCGUACUUACUUGAUGCAUCUUCAGCUCCAAUAGAUGAACCUGCCUGUGAGCUCAGCAGCUUGUCAAGCCUGAGCAGAAGCUCCUGGUUUGUUCAGUCUAGUGGCAGAGAAAGCUUUUUAGGGUCCUGGCAACAGUCCUUCAGCCUGACUUCAUCUGUUGCUUGGGUAACAGCGGGGGACUUUCCCACUCUGGAAGUGGGAAAGCUGGUGAGUGAACAGAAUGAACAUGAGGGGAGGCCUGUCUCUGCAGAAUCAUGCAGUGUAAGCCUCAACAAACAAACUCCUUGGGAUUCGUGGGUUUGCAGCUCUUCUGUGAAGGAAGGGAAUAAAGAGGAGGGUAAUGAAUUUAGUUCACAGCCUAGUCGGACUGACAGUAUCUCUGCGACUGAUAAAUUAGAGAGAGUAUCCUCUUCGAGGACUGGGUGUUCACAUGGAAACAGUUCCAGGUUGUUACAACAUCCCUUGGAAUUUGAGGGAAAAAGCAUUUACCCAAAGACUAAUAGUAGAAAUUAUUCUUACCCAGAAAAGUCCUGCAACUCCUUUUUUUACAAGAGAGAUGCCUCAGCUUCUAAUCAUGUAAAAGUAGCUGGAGUGCCUCAGACAGGCUCUAUGCUUUGGGAGGAGCUCCCAUUCUCAGAAAGCCUAAAUGAAUUUUUAGCCAGAAUAGAAGAUGGCAAGAGUGGUGUAACCUCGCCCAGCCUUGAUGCAGGCAAACAUGCCUUUCUUGAGAGUAACGAGUUGCGUGUAAAUCCUAACAAAGCAUAUCCCAGGCAAACCCUGGUAGCUGCAGAUUUGCCUGCAGCGAGUGUCUCGGCGACGUUCUUGCCACAAGCAGAGAAGGAUCGUUGGGAGAACGUGUCGUUUGCUUGUCUUCAGUCAACAGCAAAUUCUCCAAGUGAUGAGGUGUCACAAUGUGAGUCUUCCUCUAAUGUUUCAUCUUCAACUGACAAGGAAUAUGGAGCAUCUUGCUUUAUACGUCAUCUACCUAUUCUGUCACAGUCUUUGCCGCUUUUAUCAGAGCCUUCUGUUUCCGAGAGCAGAUAUGUGCCGUCCAAAGAAGCAAAUAUUGACAGUUCAAAGUCAGCUUGGUCUUUUAUUAGUCUGCAGUGUACUGCUGAACCUGGAGAAACCUCCUGCUUAAAAAGGAGCAAGGCAGCUACCCGUGUGCAUUCUGCGCAUGAUAACUGUUUAGCUGGUUGUGAAAACAAAGAAAACUCUUCUACGCCAAGCCAAAGAACAGAUCUUACGUUCACAGGGGCAUGGGACUCCGAUCCAGCAACUCCCACCAAUACAAGAAGGAUAUAUAAAAGAGAAUUAAAACCAUUGACAGAACUGUCAGAAAACACCUUCAAAAGUGUUAAGAGGAGAGAGAUGCUGUGGAACAGUAUCUUCCCUGAAAGCAGCUACAAUGCUUCUGCUGAUCUCUUUGAUGCCACUGCAAGAGAGGUAGCAAAACCUGUAGAAUUCUUAAAUAAAUCAUGUAAUUCUUCAUUACAGGAAGAUACCUUGAUAGAAAAGGUCACAACUCCUGAAUCGGUGCGUUGUCCUGGAGGUGUUCCCUGUAACGGUUCAAAAUCAAGCUCAUCCCUGCGUAGGUCCCCUCCUGCUUUUCGUAAGCACAGCACACCCGUAACUUACUCCUUUUGUGAUUCAGAAUGCAAUUCAGUCAGCGCUCAAGACUUUGUUCCUCAUUCACAGUCAACUCCUAUGACAAAACCUCUCCAGAAACGGUGGCCUGGUGGGGAAAGAGGCUCUUUUGUCACUGUCUUCACCCCUAAAAAUCCCGCUAAAAUCCAUUCCAAAUGCAAGCGAUCCAGGUCUUCCUUUCAAAACACUCUGCUGCAGCAGCUUACGGGCAGGUUAGUGAAACGUAGAAGGCCGAGUAACAGGGAAGGCAAAGAAAGGAAUAGCUCUGUUUCGCAGCAGUUCCCUAACAGCCAGCUGCCUGCCGGCUUUGAGGCGUGGAUCCCUCCAUCUGCUACCAAGAGGUUGAGACCAACUGCAUCUUUAAAUUUAAAAACCGUCAGCUGGGCUACUGACUUGCCGUCGACCUGUGGGCACACUGUCCGGAACCCUAUUUCUGAAAGCAAAGAGAAGAUUGAGAAUGAUGUAUGCUUCCGAAAUGAGAGAUUAAACCCUGGGAAUACAACCAGGAUUCUGACAACUCCUGUGUCUGCAGGUGUCACCAAGGCCUCGUUUUUAAACAACACCAUCCUGGAAACUUGUUCCACUUCAGAAGGCAAGAAUCUCCUCUCAAGUGCAAAUUAUUCAGGGGGUAUGUUGGAAGGGGCAACUGGCUGGUCUCCUGAGUUGUUCUUCCAAGCACAGACUCCUUUUUCCAAUAAGCCAAAAUACUAAAAAAAAGAUAUUUCUGUGAUAGGUCCUUUUUAAUUAUUUUUAAGACUUUUGGGAAGGAGCCAGUAGAAGAAAAGAGCUAUUUAGGAAUUAAAUCGUUUAUACACCUAUUGGCAUAUAUCUUCCUAAGAUGAGUUAUGUUUAUUUGCAGAUCUUUAUACCUCAGAGACGGGGGAAAACAGAAUUUGCAGUUACUAUAUUUUAUUGUAAAUUAACUCUAGAACGUGCAAUAAAACCUUUUGUAAAUGUGUGAGUAUUUAAUAGAUCUCACUUUUUCAAGCACAAGUAGGUGAAGUGUUUUAGCGUUCAGUGUUGUCUUUUCACCUCAAGAAGAGCCCUGGAGUCCCGUGUCCACUCUAGAUCCUUAGCUGGUGACUCUGGGGAGGAGGGCCAAGUUGUCAUCGAAGAAUUUAAAAUAUCUUACGGGAGCCUCGUAUUUGCGCCCACUUGGGAUCCUAUGAAGGAGUUGAGUUGGGUGGAGGGGACCAUCCUGAGAGGUUGGUGGCAGCUCCCAGCUUUCCUGUAGGCUUUUUCCAGUUAAAGACUGCUAAUGGCAGAUUCCUGGCGGUGUCUUUCCUCUUCUUUGCUUUGGGGUCUUCCACAGCCCCCACCCGCAGCAGCUGCAUUUAGGAUCAUGGAAUAGAGAAACCUCGGAGCUGCUGCUGCAAGCUUGGAGGUGGAAUGUGGGAAUCGGAAUCAGCUUGAAAAUGCUGACUUGGAGAAGCAGAAGUGGGCUUAAAAUGAUCUGCUGUGAUUUUUUUUUUUUUUUGGAAGCAUAGAAUGAAUAAGCACCAUUGUGACUGGGGACGAGGAGAGUUUACUUGGUCGAUUCUCUGACACAAGACCGGCAUUACUAUGUUUCUGUGUUUGAGGCCUCGCUCCAUUUUUAAUGCAGCUACUUAAGGGCCAGGCUCGGUGUUUGCUCGGGAGAGUUGUCUGCAUGCCAGGAACAGAUUGGAUCAAUGCUGGUAACUAAAGCACUUUCAGGUUAUGAUGCCACCUUUGCCUUAGGAAAUCUGAGAGGCAGAAGUUGCUGGAAGUUAGAGGAGUAUUGUGGGAAUGGAGCAUUUUGUGCUCAUCGUGUUCCUGUGCGUGUUAGUUACUGUCUGUUGUUUGUCGCUGUCGGAGUCGCGGCUAGAAGGACUCUGAAAGGCUUCUCUAACCGUACGGUCGCCGGCUCCCACCAUAGGUGCCUCACUGGGGCUGGCACGCAAACCAGCGUGCUCAGGCAGGACCUGCCAAAGGCAGCCAGUGGAAACCACGUGUGGGAUGGAUGAAAAAAGUACACCUUUGGCAUUUGAGCUGUCAUCUUUGUGUGCCUUCAUAUCUCCUCUAUAAGAUAAAUGUGUACCCGCUCUUUAUUUGCAGGACACCCAGGGACGUAUGAGGGCAGUUACUGUUUGACCACCUUGUCCUUUAUCCACUAUUUUUAGCAUGGAUCAGCCUUACAGAACAUACAGGUAAACCUUUUCAGUUUCCUGGGCUCUACGCUAAGUUCUGCACCUUCUAAUCAAAAUAAACUCAUUGAGGGACGGGAGGGAGAAGAGUAUUAGAAAUCAAACACGCUUUUUCUGCAGCUGAGCAGGGUGUUAAUGAGAUACAGCUUCUCCCACCAAGGGUACGAGCGUGCUGAGUCUGCAGGCUGAACGAAGAGAACGGCUCCUCAUGGCCACACAGCGAGUCUGCACACGUAAAUUCACUUUACAAAGAAGUUUUUCCAUAGCAGUCAGGGGGGUUUGUUGGGGGUUUUUUUGACUACUUACACUUGAGGAAAUUGAGCACAGGUUCAAAGAUGUACCCAACGUUAAGAGAGCGUGCAGCCUAGUGCUGGGUAUCACCGAGAGACCUUAACCAGCAAACCGUCUUUUCUGCUUGCUGUCCGACCCAGCAAGAUACUCGAGCACAGCUCAAAAGUUCUUCACGGUGUUUAAGGAUGCUGCAGCUGUCGGUGGCAGCAGCAAGAGUCUCGAGGUUCCUUCUUACGUGUCCAAGCCUCAAUCCCUGCAGUCCCU